GAAGAAGAAGACUCUUCUGAACCUGAGACUGAUGACAGUGCUGAUUGGAAGGAGACCAGAGAACCUCAGUCAGCUUUAAACUCUCUGAAACAUGAUUCAAGACGUAAGAAACGAUUCAGCUGCUCGGAGUGUGGGAAAAGAUUUGUCUUCAAGUAUAGUCUGAACGGACACAUGAUGACUCACACAGGAGAAAAGCCUUUUAGCUGCUCUGUGUGUGGGAAACGAUUUGGUGAAAGGCGACAUCUGAACAGACACAUGAUUUCUCAGACAGAAGAAAAACAUUUUAACUGCUCUGAUUGUGUGAAAAUAUUUGGCCACAAGGUAGAUAUGGAGAGACACAUGGUAGUCCACACAGGGGAGAAACCUUUCAGCUGCUCUGAGUGUGAUAAAGCUUUCGCUGAACGUGGAACCCUGAAGAAACACAUGGUAACUCACACAGGAGAAAAGCCUUUCAGCUGCUCAGUUUGUAAUAAAUCUUUUACAGAGAGAGGAAGUUUACAGAGACACAUGGUAGUCCACACAGGAGAGAAACCUUUCAGCUGCUCAAUUUGUAAUAAAUCUUUUACAGAGAGAGGAAGUUUACAGAGACACAUGGUAGUCCACACAGGAGAGAAACCUUUCAGCUGCUCAAUUUGUAAUAAAUCUUUUACAGAGAGAGGAAGUUUACAGAGACACAUGGCAGUCCACACAGGAGAGAAACCUUUCAGCUGCUCAAUUUGUAAUAAAUCUUUUACAGAGAGAGGAAGUUUACAGAGACACAUGGUAGUCCACACAGGAGAGAAACCUUUCAGCUGCUCAAUUUGUAAUAAAUCUUUUACAGAGAGGGGAAGUUUACAGAGACACAUGGCAGUCCACACAGGAGAGAAAAGAUUCAGCUGCAGUGUUUGUAACAAAAGAUUUGCCUGGCGUUCUGAUGUCAAAACCCAUAAAUGUGCUGGUCCGAUGGAGACAGAAGCUGAUGGAGAGGACUGUCAGUUUUUCCCACAGAAUUAGAUUCCAUUUGUGGUGGUAGCUGACCCGGGGUGGGGGUCAGAAAGAGGUGCAGACUUCUUAUAUUAUUUGUACUGCAAAUAUUUGUAUACAAAAUUCUGUAAGUAACAAUUCAAAUUUUUAAAUUUAAUGGUAUAAUGCAGUAAGGCACAUGUGUCAAACUCGAGGCCCACGGGCCAAAUCUGGCCCCUCGCAGAUUUUGAUCCGGCCCGCAUAUCAAUUUAGGUUCACAAUA